AUGGCGUCCAGUUUUUCUUCCAUCAAAUCGCAAAUCAAGGAGGACAUGCUAUCGUGUCCUAUGUGUUUUGAAGUAUACAACAAUCCGAAAGUCCUGCAAUGUCUACACUGCUUCUGUCAGCGAUGCUUGGAGGGAUGGGCGAGACAGAAUCCCGGUAAGCCCAUGUCGUGCCCGACUUGUAGAUUUGAAAGCCCAGUCAACAGCCUGGCUGAUAUUCGUGCUCUGCCGACCAACUUUAUACUGAAUGGUCUGGUCGACUACAUCGAAACGAUGAAGGAAGUGAAACAAUUCGAAGGGCAGUGUGGUGGGUGUGGGACGGGAAAGGCCGCCACCAGGUGCAUUGAUUGCAGUCAGAAUCUUUGCCAACCGUGUACAAGUACUCACAGGAAUUUGAAGGUAACACAACAGCACAAAGUGGUGGAGUUAGGGAAGUACUUCCGGGAGACAGAAAUACCACAGCCUACAGUGUAUUGUCACAACCAUGAGCAAAGUCCAGUUGAGGUCUACUGCAAAGUAUGUCAGAUACCAGUCUGCACAAAAUGCGCCCUCGUCGAGCAUCGACAGCACGAGCAGCAAUACUUAGAAGGCGCCACCGAGGAGGAGAAAAAACGUCUCGAUCCACAGAUCCUACUACUGAAGGAAUAUGUCGUUAAUAACGACCAGAAAGCGACAAUCAUCACAGAUGAACUUGACGUACUACGGGAAGCACGUGACCGUGCUGAAAAAGAGAUUGACGACCAUACACAGAAAUUAAUUAGUACCAUUCUGAAUAAACAGGAAGAAAUGAAAAAAGAGUUAGGACAGGUAUUCACUACCAAUUCCGAAAUGAUGCAGUCUGAAUUGAAAAUGCUAGAAGAGAGUCGAUCCUCUUUAGAAAGUGCUGUUGAGUUUGCCGAAAAUAUGAUAAAGUACGCUAGCCCCGCACAGUACCUGAAGUCGCAGCAAGAGGUCAAGCAAAGGGUGACAGAGUUGAUAGCUUUAGAAGGUAAUCACAACCCAGAAGUCUUGAAAUACCAAAUGAUGUAUGUACCAAAUAAUUCUUAUUUGAGAGGGACAAUUGGUAGGAUAAAUUCAAUCAAGCAACGCCAAAGAAUUACAAGUGUGAAUCGUUCGAGGGUUGCAGAAUUUAGACAAAAGAAAAAAAUAUUAGCGAGAGCGAUGCAAGAUUUGAAUAAGCCUCAAGUGGCUACACCUGCAUUUGGUGCACCACGUCCCACAAGUAGGGAAAGAUUGGUAACUGUUCGCAAAGGAUUCAGUGGGAUGCAAGCGAAGCCAUGUAUAGAAGCUAAAAUCGGCCGUGUCCAGCAUUCUGAUAAGCUCUUUUAUCGACCAUGUGGCGUAGCUAUGAAUGAGAAAGGAGAUCUUGUGGUAGCUGAUUCAGACAACUGCAGAGUACAGAUACUGAACUUACAGACACUGACAAUGAAAUCCAGCUUAGCCUUCGAUAAUUUUCCAACUCCUUUCAAGCCGUAUGAUAUUGCCGUGCUGUCUGAUGGCAGAUAUUUUGUAACCGAUUCCGCUAACAACCAAGUUGUGGUCUGCAAUGAGUUCAACCAACUAAUUCUUACUUUUGGCCACUAUGAAAGGCUUCAGCCCCGCGGGAUUGCACUGACCUGGGAUGGUCAUGUACUGGUCACUGACGUCCAGCAUGGUGCUUCCGGUGUAAAAAAGUAUACGCUUGAUGGCACGUUCGUUACUUGCUUUGGUAACACAACAUUCCAAGGCCCAAGCGCAGUCGUCGUCAACAGUAAACAGCAGGUCAUUGUAUCCGAUACCCAAGCUAAUCGCGUCUGCGUGAUGGAUGUCUCCGGCAACUUGCUGCACUUCCUUACAGCGACUGAUGGUGGUAAACUGGAAUGUCCGAGCGGAGUGGACGUGGACGUACAAGACAACACAUAUGUCUGCGACCAAGGGAAUAACCGAAUAGUCAAGUACAACUGUAAAGGACAGUUUGUUACCAAUGUAGGAGGGGCGUUGCUGAAGAAACCACUUGGGAUAUCCAUCACCAAGGACAAUAUCGUGAAAAUAGCUGUCACUGAAAUCAAUAAUGAAACAGUUAAAUUGUUAACUCUGUAG